AUGCAGCAAGACGUCGUUGUGCUUUACUACAAAUACGUACGCAUUUGCGAGACACAAGUCGAAUUGAAAGCCUUUGCCGAGGCCCAUGAACUCUUGUGCUUGUCCUUUGGUCUCACUGGUCGCGUGCGACUUGCAUGUGAAGGUAUCAACGGUACGUUGGGGGGCUCAAAUGCCAAUGUACAGAGAUACAUCCAAGCCAUGCAACAGCAGCCUCAAUUCACUGACGUGGAUUGGAAAACCAGUCGGUCGGACGUCAAACCGUUCCCGGAUCUACAAGUGCGCGUCGUGAAGGAGAUCGUGGCGCUAGAAUUGCCGGACGACGCUUAUGACUUGACACGACGAGGCCAACACUUGACGCCCGAGCAGUUUCGAGCCGAGCAACUCAAUGCCGACCCUGAGUCCAUUGCACUCAUCGAUGUGCGUAACACGUAUGAGUUCCAAGUCGGCCACUUUGCAGGGGCAUUGAAUCCAAAGACUCGUCGGUUUGGGCAGUUCCCACAAUGGGUGCAACAUGAACUGCCUCUGCUGAAACAGAAGAACAAGGUGCUCAUGUAUUGCACAGGUGGCAUCCGUUGCGAGAAGGCCUCGGCUUAUCUUAAGCAUCUCGGUCUACCAAAUGUCUAUCAACUGGAAGGAGGCAUCCAUCGCUACCUUGAACGGUUUCCGGAUGGAGGUGGUCUCUUCCAAGGCAAGAACUUUGUCUUCGACCAGCGAGUGACCAUGGCGUCCGAAGACCAGUCAGUCACUGGUCAAUGUGAGCGUUGCCACGUGCCGCACGACACGCUAUCGGGAAUCCGGUGCGCUUACUGUCGCAUGCACGUACUCGUGUGCGAAUCGUGUCGUGCAGACGCCAAAGCUCGAGGAGAGACCGAGGACGACGUGUUCUGCGACGAACACUUGUCUUUGGUCUCUGGGUCGUUGGAAGAGCUGAGAACACGAUUGAAGUCGCUUCAACACUCGCUGUCGAAGGAGCAAGGCCAUGGCAAGAAGGGUCGUCGUCGUUCACUACACAAGCAACUGAACGCUGUCGAGUCUCGGAUACAGCGCCUUGCAGAGUCCUAA